UUCAAAUAAAUCCGUUACGGUUCUAUUUUGUUUACAUUUUUCGAGAAAUUUAGUAUCGGUGUCCAAAGAAUUACAUUACAACUAAUUUAAAAUAAAAAUUUUUUAUAUUAUUAUUAUUUUAAAAUAAAUAAAAAAUGGAAACCAGUGACUUCGAAGUCAAUAAUAUUGAAGAUAUUCUACAGAGUCGUGAAAAUGAAGAAGCUUUUUUUCAGAGGUUAUCUGCAUUCGUUGUUGAGACUAAUAGUAAAGUAACAACAUUUAUUGAUACUUUUACUACUAAACAAAAGGAGUUGAAGAAUAAAAUAAAAGUAAAUAAAGACACCAUAAGCCAAUUACACAAUGAAAGUAAAGAAUUAGAUCAUCAAUUACAAAAUACUAUUCUCUCUCAAAAAGUUGUGAGUAAAAAAAUUCAAAAUAAUAAUCAACAAAUAGAACAGUUGCGAGAAGAAAUUCAACAUGAAAAAAAUAAAAAAGAAGAAUUAACUCUCGAAAUGGUUGAUUUGGAAGCUGGUCAUGAAAAAGCAAAAGAACAGAAAAUAAAAGAAUGGAAUGCAUUAAAAAAAGCGGCGGCAGUAUUCAAAGAGAAAUUAAACAUACAUUUAGAUCUUAAAGAACUCGACGAUCAUGAUUGUAUAAAAAUAACAUAUUUCUUCGAUCAAAAUCCAAAGAAAGAAUAUUAUUAUGUACAACUUCUAAAUUAUAAUAAUAUUGUUUGGAGAGUUCAAUCGAUAGUGCCAACAUUAGACAACGAUCAGUUAAAAAAUUUAAACAUUGAUCUAUCUAAAGACUACACUCUCCAGGAUAUAAUAAUUUUCAUUCCUAAAAUACGAGCUGUGUUUAUCAAUCAAUUUUUCAGUCCUUAAUUAUUAUAUUUAAUAAAAAAACAUGUAUUAUACAAGAUCUACGGUAAUUGUAAGUAAUUAAGUAUAUUUUCAUAAUUAGCGAAUGUUAUUAUUAAAAAAUUAUUUUUUCUAAUUAAAAAUUUUCCA